AUGUAGCGCGCGCUACUGUGUACAAGCGGUACUGUACGCGUGUACUAUCUCUAUUGUCUAGUCUGCGAGCAUGAUUUCAUCUCUCUCUUUCUCUGAAGUUGUCGACGGUGUGAUUUCCUAUCAGUACAGCAACAGAGACGGCGGACAAAAACGGAAAUGGUGGAUGUGGUAAACAACGAGAACCAGGAAAACGCUCCUCCACGAUCGCGACUUCCUAGAGAUUAUUACAGUGUCACGGACCAAGUCAAUGGUAGCCCACUGGUCGGUGUUGAUCUCGCCUCUAUGUUUCGCUUCAACGGCUCUGCUGUGUCAGACGUGAAGACGCUAGGCGUGGGCAGGAAACCUGCAGACUCGACAUCUUCUAUAAACAACAGUGAAUGCCUUCAAUGUUUCCCUGAUAACGUCGACAAUGGGUUGCUAGCCAAUUCUGGAUCUUCCGGUUGCAGUGACUUCUCUGAUGCUUACUGUGUGACGUCGGAUUCCGAACCGGAAGUCCGCACUACGACAUACGGGAACUGCCCCAAACCAGUUAAGUUCUUCGUGGGCUUCGACAGCGACUCGAGUGAGAGUGACGACUAUUUUACAGCUGACGAGUGCAGUGACUUCUCGGAUGAAGAAAGUAACGAAGACGACUUGGGCGAACUCGAUGACGAGGACGAUGACAUUACAUUUUCUGAUGAUUUUCAUUGCUCCUCUAGUUUGCAGAGGUCUUUAUCGAGAUCUCAGAGUUGGAGUGCACCGAACGGCUUACUUCAUAAAUAUCACAGACUUUGUAUACAUCAAAGCCUCUCCGAGUCGAACGUUAUCAAUUUGGCCGAUGGUCCCGAUACGAAGGAGAAAUCAAAACCAAUCAAGUGUGUUCGUUUUCGUGACAAUCCGAAAGUCCAUUGUAUCGUCGCUUGGAACUAUGCGUAUCGGGUGGCACGAAAAGGUCAAUGGGAGAUCAUGGCAGCAGCACGAGACAGAUUCCAGAAAAGAAUCAAGGAGUUUGAGACGGCAUAUGGACACAUAUUUACGAAGGAACAUCACAGCAGACAAUCCGGAGACAGUCAAUAAAAUUCCGCUAAUUAAUUAAUUGCUCUUAAAUUUUAAGGGAGCUUGGCCAAUGGGAUGACACUCGCGUUUAUAAUGACAAACAUAUGAUAGAGUAUAUUUGAUUGGUAUAUAUUUUUUUACAAUAAGACAAGACGUAACACUCGACUGUAUUGCAAUGUUGUAUGUCUUGCUGUGCUACCUAUCAAACACCAUUCUACUCAUGGCAUUGGCACUAUGGCAA